AUGUUAGACCCUGAGUUCGAGCUCACGACGCCGCCUCUGAGGCCGCCGUUACAGAACACAUCCGCACCUCGAGAUGGCGAGAUUAUGGUGGACUUGACGAAGCUCAAAAAAUGGCAAGAGGAGCGUAUUGCUCGUCGCCUGAGGGGAGAGUAUGAGUCUGCAGUCCUUCACCUGGCUGAAGUGAUCAAUGCGAACAUCGAAACCCAUAUGCGCUUAGCCGCAGUGCGCGUCGAGGGCACACCUCACACUCGCGCAUCCUUCCUCGGGUCUCUCGUCCAGCCAUACUUGGCCAAGCCCAACCCCGACCAGCAAACCCUUGCCUCUGUCAUGCACGAUGCUCGCGCCAUCGGCAGCCUGUUGCAAGAAACCGACAUCUUCGAGUCCGUGUAUGCACAGGUCGAGCGGUGCCGGGAGCCCCUCGCCCAGCACGGCGACGUCGAGCUCGUGUUCAUGACGAAGGAGAGGUCGCGGAUGUAUCUGAAAACCGCGACGGAGCUCGGGAACAACGAAGCGGGUGCUAGCGCGACAUGCAGGAUCCGCAACGCCUUUGGCGGCGCGGAGGCCAUUGAAGCGCAUCUGGCCUUCGGCACCACGACGCGCAUCGCGUACAACGCUUCACUGACCGCACCGCUCACGAACGAUUUGAAGACCCGCGGCGAGCUGAGCCUCUACGGCUUCGAGCGCGACAACACCCCUUACUGCAGCGCCUUCGAGGGCGUACGCGGCAUCAGGGCAGUAGUCAGGAACGGCACGCUAAGCAGAGGGCUGCACGAGUUAGGCUACGAAGGCGUUCUGAGACACGUCGGGAACCUGCAACCAUCGGCCUCAGUCAGCAUGCGUGGGGCGGCGGGCCUUUCCAUCAAGUCUGCCAUAUCGCAUGCAUGGACCUGCGACACCCGCGACGACAGCAUCUUCGGCACGCGCGGCGCUUAUCUCCGUCUCGCGCAAGAGCUUGCCGGACUCGGCGGCGAUGCAUCCUUCUACAAGGCCGAGGGGCACGCGCAAUUCGUGCGUCCUCUGGUGCCUGGCGUAUCCCUCUCCUUCGCCGCGCGGAGUGGGCUUCUCUGGCCGUUGGGCAAGCCCGUCCCCUUCCCCGACCGGUUUCAGCUCGGGGGGCCCACUAGCGUCCGGAUGUUCAGGAUGAAUAGUAUGGGCCCGCAUGAUGGACCUGAUUCACUCGGUGGCGACGCGUACUGGUCGGCUGGGCUUAGCGUCAUUUCCGAUAUACCCCGAAAGCCACACUGGCCCGUGAAAUUGCACGGGUUCCUGAACGCGGGCAGACUUGAUUCCGUUGACCAUUCAAAACCUCUCCAACAGUCGCUUGUGUCUGCCUUUUCGAAGCCAUCGGUGUCUGCCGGUCUCGGUCUCGUCUACCGCCUCCAGGGUAUUCGCGUAGAGAUGAAUUUCGGACUGCCGCUAGUGGCUGCACAGGCAGAGGGCGCGAGAAAAGGGUUUCAGCUGGGUAUCGGGAUGGAGUUCCUUUGACCCGCCUAAUCGUUGACACUCCUGUAAGCAAACCGCGUUUUUCCUCCCGAGGUCUUAAUAGGCACCCUUUCUUCUCGUGAUGGAACGUGCUCGGGAGAAGCUUCCAUCCUGAUCGAGCAGUCGGGGACUUCGAGGCGCUACAUCGCGUGGCGGAGCUACGUUUCUCGCGGACAGUACUUGAAUCGCGAGCUCUUUCUGUCGCCGUGCAAACUGUACCACGGUACAUCGUGUUAGUAUCUCAUACGAUAAUCUCAUCCUUUGGGAAGGAUCGCAUUCCAGAUUUCC